UCUUGGAGCGUGACCCUCGUCUCGACUGAGUCCUUGGCGACUGGUCCGUUGGUGAGAAACGAUGGAGGAAAACCUGUCCAAAGCUGUGCCCAAACACGUACACCAUCACCGCAGAUCGAGCCUUCACGGAGAUGUUCGUGAUCUAUGGACCACGGCCACGAUGUCCACAGGGAACGUGUCGGUGGCCGACGUCUGCGAGGACUUCGACGAGGAGGGCAGAACUAUAGGGAAGUCUCGCAGGUACAGCCAGACCAUUUCUAUUUUGGAAAACCUCCAUCUCAAGCCAGAAGAGAUCCAGCAGCAAGCGCGUUUGGAGCUAGAGCUGCGCCGUGGCAGAUCCUUGGAGCGCGAUCUCGCGGUAGAGGAGGAGCACGACGAAUCUGCGACCUCCCUCGUAAAGUGUUCUUCAGAGUCAUCAGCCAGCCAGUCAAAGCAAAUGCCGCAUCAAGCCUACUGGACAGAGCAGCAGAACAGGCUGCCCCUGCCCCUGAUGGAACUCAUGGAGAAUGAAGUUCUGGACAUUCUCAGCAAAGCCCUCAAUAGUGAGCACCCCCACCCCAGCUUCCACAACACAUCCUGGUGGCUUUGGCAGGGCUUGGGGCUUCAGGACUGGAGUUUCAGGAUGUGUAUGUCUUGUCAGAUCCCCUUAGCACUCACAAAUAUUCCAAGAGAUCCUCCCAAAUUAAAAGUCGAGAGACUAGGCACAGGUAGACUCAAUGGUUCCCUCCAUUUGUCCAGUGGAAUGACAGACAGCCUUUGUGGAGUUCUGCUUUACUCCAAGGGGAGGGAGCUGUGACACAUCAGGAGUAUUUGGAUUAUCUGGGUGACCUUCUGUUCACGAUAGAUAAGCAUUCAGAGGGAAAAGGGGCCAGAUCGUUAGUUAGAGUGGGUGACCCUGGAGGAGGCUGUGCAGCUACCGGCUCUCACUGCCUCCGUUUAGCCUUGCAGCAUCUUCUUCACCAUAACACUUUGUACUUGGAGAUCCAAACCCCCAAACUAACACAGAUCCAAAUCCAGCAUUAAUUGCCACCUCAAGUCACCUGCGGUUCCUUGAAUCGCACUGGUGGUGCCUACCGGGGAAAGCUUUGCGGUUGCUCAUGGCCCUCCCCUCAGCUCUGCCUUCUUCCUAGCCUACAAGAGCACGAUUGGCAGGGGUCACUACCUGACUAAAGAGCUGCAGGGAUACAUCGAGGGACUCAAGAAGCGCCGGAACAAGAGGCUGUACUGUAUGCCUGUGUGAACCUCCAGCUCAAGUGGCCGACCAGAUGUCAGCUCCGUGCCCUGUCCCGUUCCUCGGACCCAAGCUCGACCCCGUCGGCAUGGAAUUUGAGCUCUAGAGAAAUUAAACAGUUUAUGCAUGGUUCCCCAGUCAGUGCGUGGCUGCUUGCGUGAGGCGGACGCACGUGGCCCCGCCUUUUCCCGUGACCUUCAUUCGGUCACCGCAGUGACCUUGAGUUUUCUCCGCCCGCCUUUCACCAGUACUACCUUCCAGGAGCUCACAAACCAGGGAUACUUGCAUAUUUUAUUUAGGUCUGCUUCUCCUACCUGAGGGUCCACUGGUGUACUGAUCUAC